AUGGCCUCGAUGGCUGGUACCGACGAUCCCUUUCGAGACCCUCUGCUCGAUUCCACUCCUUCGCAGCCGCCCAUGAAUGCGAAUCCGUCGCUCAACGUCCCCGACACACUCGCUGUUGGCAGAAAUGCUUCCUUGACUCUUGGAACCGAUUCCCUCAUUGUCCUAGAUGAAGCGCUUCUAGAGAGUAAAAGCGCCGGCUGCUGCGGCCUGUCUCUUGCUGGCAAGAACAAAUCCACUCGUUCCAUACCCUUUUACAACAUCCUCUGGGCCGAGCACUCCGAGGACGGCCAGGUCACGAUACAAUAUGCGCAGACCCUGUCCAAGAAAGCCGUGCGUCCCGCAAUCGUUAGUUACGCCCUGGACAAACCCGACAGUCGCUUGACGGAAGCUUGGAUAGAGAAGCUGCUAUCGCGCGCCUACGGCCCCUCGCAGCGACGCAAGCGAAUCAAAGUACUCGUGAACCCUUUUGGCGGACAAGGCGGCGCCGUCAAAACCUACCACAAGCAGAUUGCGCCUAUCCUGGCGGCCGCGAGGUGCGACCUCGACGUCGAGAAGACGACACACAACGGGCACGGCGUAGAGAUUGCACAGAGCCUCGACAUUGAAGCGUACGAUGUGGUCGCGUGCUGCUCGGGCGACGGCAUCCCGCACGAAGUGUGGAACGGACUAGGCAAGCGUGCAGACGCUGCACGCGCGCUGCACAAGAUGGCCGUCGCGCAGCUCCCCUGCGGCUCUGGCAACGCCAUGAGCCUCAAUUUCAACGGCACCGAUGAUCCCAGUCUGGCUGCGCUGGCCGUCGUAAAGGGGAUCCGCACGCCGCUCGAUUUGUCGAGCGUGACGCAGGGAGACCGUCGCACGCUGUCAUUUCUCUCGCAGGCGGUGGGGAUUGUGGCCGAGACGGAUCUGGCGACGGAGCAUCUAAGGUGGAUGGGUGCGGCGAGGUUUACCUGGGGGUUCUUGGUCCGUCUUGUGAGCAAGACGUGUUAUCCGGCUGAUAUCGCGGUCAAAGUCGAAUACGACAACAAGACUGCCGUGCGGGAAGCGUAUCAGAACGAGGCGAGUAAACCACCGCCUAGUUCCGAUGAGCGCAUUGUGCCUACGCCCGAUACCGGUCUUCCAGCCCUGAAAUACGGUACCGCGAACGACCCUUUGCCCGCUGGUUGGCAACUCAUCCCGCACAACACGCUUGGAAACUUUUACGCGGGCAACAUUGCAUACAUGUCUGCCGAUGCAAAUUUCUUCCCGGCUAGCUUGCCGUCAGACGGCUGUCUGGAUCUGAUUCGUAUCCGUGGCGAUAUUGCGCGCCAUACCGCUAUCAAGACGCUGCUUGCGAUUGAAAAUCACACGUUUUUUGAUCUGGAACAUGUGGAUUACACCAAAGUGAGUGCGUAUAGGAUUAUUCCCAAGAAUCAGAAGGCUGGGUAUAUUAGUAUUGAUGGGGAGAGGGUGCCGUUUGAAGGGUUUCAGGUCGAGGUGCAUAGGGGGUUGGGGACGGUGUUGAGUAAGAGUGGGCAUUUGUGUGAGGCGAGGGGGGUGUGA